AUGCACUGCUUGCCGAGCCUGGUGAUGACCCUGAGCGCCCUGUUGCUGAUCUUGGGGCUGCUGCACUUGUUGGUGUUUUGUCAGCGGCCCUCUUGCUACGGGAAGCACGAGCCCCGCCAGCCAAACCCGGGGGGAAACCACGCCGCGGAGACGCCGCGCCGCGCCCACCUGCCGGCCCGCCGCGCCUGGUUCCUCCAGGAGCUGCCCGCCUUCCUGGUGCCCGCGCUUCUGCUGGCGCUGCGUAACCCGCCCGGCUUCGCGCCGCUGGGCUGCAGGCUGCUGGGCGGCAUGUUCUGCGGCCACUAUUUCCACAGGACAUUCAUUUACUCAUUCUUCCGAAGAGGCAGACCUUUCCCGCUGAAGAUAGUGUUUUUUGGUGCACUGUUCUGUAUCUAUAAUGGCUUCCUUCAAGGCUACUACAUGAUUUAUUGUGCUGAAUACCCAGAUGACUGGUGUAAAGACAUACGAUUUUUGUCAGGUCUUUUGUUGUUUUUGUCUGGCAUGGGAAUCAAUAUCCACAGUGAUUUUCUUCUACGUCAGCUAAGAAAGCCAGGAGAAUUCACUUAUAAAAUUCCACAAGGAGGAUUGUUUGCAUAUGUCUCAGGAGCAAAUUUCUUUGGGGAAAUCCUUGAAUGGUUCGGGUAUGCUAUAGCGACCUGGUCUCUACCGGCCUUUUCCUUCGCAUUUUUUACACUCUGCUUCAUUGGACCACGUGCUUAUCAUCAUCAUAGGUAUUAUCUGAAGACAUUCACAGCCUAUCCAAGAUCAAGAAAAGCCUUGAUUCCUUUUAUAUUUUGA